CACGGACUCACUAGACUUUUUUUUGGUGCGGGUAUUAUAGGCGCGAAGUUUGGUUGCCGAAGUCCUGCCAGUGCGAAACGGUGCGCAAAACGAUAGACUGAGUGAAUAUUUACCUGAAGGACUGUUGUCGCGAAGUGGCCUUGCUAGAAAAAAGUUAGUGCUGUGAACAUCAGGACUGUUAUUUUGUGCAAGUGUAAACCUCAACAUAUGUGCAGUUGUAACAAAUAUUCCGCGUGAUAAAUCGCUCCAUCAACAUCGCCAUAGUAUCGCUUAGGUCGAAGUUGUGGCUGCCCGAGCCCCCGCAUCCCCCCGGAAAGGGGAACAACGCUUAGAAUGUGGAGGUCGUUUAGUAUAAGUUCCCUAGGCGUAAUAUUGCUCGUUCAGGUAGUGGCCGUACUGAGUCAGCAAUCAAACCAAUUGGCCAGCAGCAAUGACACCGCACUGGUCACGUCUACAGGCCGAAAGUAUCCGCGCCAGGCGAACAGUGUCGCACUCCGAUAUGAUCACACUCACAUCGAGACGAUCGAUGUGACGUGUGAUCAGAAGAGUGGGAUGCGAGUGACGAUUGAGUUCGAGACGGAUUUCCAGGGUGUCAUCUACAGUCAGGGUUACUAUAACGACCCGAACUGUCGGUACGUGUCGGCAGGUGAGGGUGGACGAACGUUUUCGUUCACUGUGCCCUUCAACGGUUGCGGUAGCAAACCCUCCUGUUCCGUUUGCUCGUCGGUCGAUAACGUUCUGGUGAUACAAACCGACGAGGAUGUUCAAGAAGCAUGGGAUACGGCGCGUCGUAUUUCCUGCAGUCAGAUCGAACAGCAACAGAACACAAUUUUCUUCAAACCGUUCGUCGUGGAUAUGCUGGAAGUAGUGAAUGUGCCAACUGCAACCGGCGGUGUUGAGUGUUGGAUGGAUAUUCAGCGUGGUUCUUAUCCCAACAUCUCGCCUAUACCGAGCAUCAUCAAGAUAGGCGAAGCACUGAGUGUGUUGGUAUAUUUGAAGGAUACCAAAGGAAGCUAUGAUGUUGCAGUCAAGGAUUGCUACGCUUACGAUAGUCCGGAUUACGAUGCAAGUGGCACUAGAAGACUACAACUUUCCGAUAAAAACGGUUGCUCACGAAAGAAGAAGUUGUUUGGUUUAUGGGAGAAAACAACCCAAACCGGAAACUCAGGAGCAACGUUGAUUUUGCACAACAAUAUCAAAGCGUUUAAGUUUCCGGAUAAAAUGCAAGUCUUUUUGAAGUGUGACAUCGAAAUAUGCCGUGGGGGUUGUGGUCCACAAGUAUGCAAUAUCGAAGAGCUAGCCAAGGCUGUCGAUAGAACAACAACUACCACACGUAGACCAGCACCGACUGCAACGUUACCAGCUCGUAGAGGAACUCGUCCACCACAAACCGUUCCCGCAUCUUUCCCGACACGCGGUCGAAGGCCGGUUUCCACUGUUCCACCGCGUAUUUCCGUAACAGAACAAACUUACACCACCGUUCAACCGCGUAUUUCUGUAACAGAACAAACUUACCCGACAAGGGCUCCUCAGCAACGAACCCGUCCAACACGUCCCGCUACAAGGGCUCCCGCAUAUCAGCCAUCUACAUCGUUCCCUCCACGCCGUAGGACUCGUCCAACAAUUUCCACCACUACUGAGUUUGUUUGCACUCCUGGAUCAACUGACGUUCGGUGCAAUAUAAUUGUUGUGCCCGACGAACCGGACUGUUCUGGAAGAUCUCUAGAUCCACGGUGUCAACAAACACAAACGCCCGCUCCCGCCACGACUCCUGCUCCCUUGCGGUGUUUUCCAGGCUCAACAGACCCUCGAUGCCCAACUACAGCCCCGGAAACUACACCAGCACCACCUCGAUGUUUCCCGGGCUCGAAUGAUCCACGCUGUCCUGUUCAAGUAUCUGAAACAACGUUACGCUGCUUCUCUGGAUCUACCGACCCCAGAUGUCCCACUACAUCUAGACCUACCAGUAGACCAACUGGAAGAGGAACUCGUCCACCUGGACGAGGAACCAGACCUCCACGACCAACCACCGAAGCGCCUACAUAUAUUCCACCAGUUGAAAGUCAAAAAACAACUUCAGCUCCAAAUUGCUACCCCGGAUCGAGUGAUCCCCGUUGCCCCUCACCACCUAUUAGUACCACUUCAAGGUCGUUUGUUGAAAUCACAACUGCCCCGCCUUGUUUCCCCGGAUCAAACGACCUGAGAUGUCGAACUCCCGUUCUUCGUUGCACUCCUGGUUCGACCGAUCCACGUUGUCCUACAUUUUCUCGACCAUCGACUAGAGCUCCAGUACCGACUCCCUCGGCUGCACCUCGAUGCUAUCCUGGAUCACCUGACCCACAAUGUCCAACAACACCUGCACCUCCCAAUUGUUAUCCAGGUAGUACCGAUCCUCGAUGCCCUCAACCCACAACACAACGACCACUACCGCCUAUCACACCUGCUCUUCGUUGCUUCCCGGGAUCUACGGAUCCUCGCUGCCCUACCACUGCUUCACCUACUACACCUGUAUUACGGUGCUAUCCUGGAUCAGACGAUCUAAGAUGUCCUCGAAUUUCAACUGAGCCAGCCACAUAUCUUCCACCAACUACUACUCCACGACCAGUACCAACGACAACGGCUGCUCCACAAUGCUACCCUGGAUCUCCUGACCCCAGAUGUCCCCAAACAACCCCAGUUACGCAACCCGCACCACGAUGUUUCCCAGGAAGUACGGAUAUAAGAUGUCCUCAAACAACAACUCCUAGACCUACUCAACCAACAACAGUUGCUCCUAGGUGUUUCCCAGGUUCAACUGAUCCUCGUUGCCCAACAUUACCGCCAACAACCGCUGCUCCACGAUGCUAUCCUGGCUCAACCGAUCCUAGAUGUCCUCAACCAACAACUACUCGACCACUUUCAACGACUACCGCUGCUCCAAGAUGUUAUCCUGGUUCAACUGAUCCGCGAUGUCCAACGGUUCCUACUACAACUCAAGGUCCCCGUUGCUUCCCAGGUUCUACGGAUCCUCGAUGUCCACAGACUACAACAACGCCAAGGCCAACCCCACCAACGACGCCAGCGCUUCGAUGCUACCCAGGCUCACCUGAUCUUAGAUGUCCACAAACAACAGCUGCCCCAACUUAUUUACCGCCGACGACACAACCAACAGUACCACCUGCGCCCAGAUGUUUUCCUGGUUCUCCUGAUCCACGGUGCCCGGUCGUACCCUCAACUACUGCUGCUCCACGAUGCUAUCCAGGUUCUACAGACCCUCGUUGUCCUCAGACUACUACACGUCCAACGACUCCUCCUCCACCACCAUGUUAUCCAGGAAGCAAAGAUCCCAGGUGUCCUCAACCAACCACUCCUCGACCAGUGCCAACAACUACAGCUGGUCCAAGAUGCUAUUUCGGUUCGACUGACCCCGGAUGUCCUACAACACCCAAGCCUACACCACCAACUACACCUGCACUGCGAUGCUACCCUGGUUCAUCCGACCCACGUUGUCCAACUACACCUCGUUCCACGCCAAGUACCACCGCAGCUCCUAAAUGUUAUCCUGGUUCCACCGAUCCGCGCUGCCCAACCACACCACGCCCAGUUCAGACAACGCCCGCUCUUCGGUGCUAUCCUGGAUCAACAGACGCACGAUGUCCAACUACUCCAAGACCGACGACACAACCCUCAACAUAUCUUCCUCCAGCACCACAAACAAAAGCUGUUCCUAGAUGCUAUCCAGGCUCUACUGAUCCUAGUUGUCCUGUGCAAACCACUGCAAAGCCUAACUGCUACCCAGGCAGUAAUGAUCCACGGUGUCCACGACCCGUAACCACUACACCUCGACCUAUUCCAACUACGACCGCUGCACCAAACUGUUAUCCAGGAUCUUCUGAUCCAAGAUGUCCAACUACACUGCGGCCUGCACCAACUACGACUGCUCCUCCAAGGUGCUAUCCGGGAUCAACAGAUCCACGCUGUCCAACGACACCUCGUCCAGUGCCUACAACAACAGCCGCCCCGAAUUGUUACCCAGGUUCCAACGACCCGCGCUGUCCACGACCAGUUUCUACCACACCAGCGCUGCGUUGCUAUCCAGGCUCGAACGAUCCACGCUGUCCAACGACUCCUCGUCCAGCGCCUACAACAACAGCCGCUCCGAAUUGUUACCCAGGCUCCAACGAUCCGCGCUGUCCACGACCAGUUUCUACCACACCAGCGCUGCGUUGCUAUCCAGGCUCGAACGAUCCACGCUGUCCAACGACUCCUCGUCCAGCGCCUACAACAACAGCCGCUCCGAAUUGUUACCCAGGUUCCAACGAUCCGCGCUGUCCACGACCAGUUUCUACCACACCAGCGCUGCGUUGCUAUCCAGGCUCGAACGAUCCACGCUGUCCAACGACUCCUCGUCCAGUGACAACAACGGCGGCUCCGAAUUGUUACCCAGGUUCUAAUGACCCACGUUGUCCACGACCAGUUUCUACCACACCAGCUUUACGUUGUUAUCCGGGAUCAACAGAUCCACGCUGUCCAACGACGCCCCGUCCGGUACCUACAACAACGGCCGCUCCUAAUUGUUACCCAGGUUCCAACGAUCCGCGCUGUCCACGACCAGUUUCUACCACACCAGCUCUGCGAUGCUAUCCGGGAUCAACAGAUCCACGCUGUCCAACAACUCCUCGUUCAGUGACAACAACGUCGCGACCUGUGUUUACGACACCUCGGCCAACAACUACAGCUGCACCUCGGUGUUAUCCGGGAUCAACAGAUCCACGCUGUCCAACGACGCCCCGUCCGGUACCUACAACAACGGCCGCUCCUAAUUGUUACCCAGGUUCCAACGAUCCGCGCUGUCCACGACCAGUUUCUACCACACCAGCUUUGCGUUGCUACCCAGGUUCGAACGAUCCACGCUGUCCAACGACUCCUCGUCCAGUAACAACAACGUCACGACCUGUAUUCACGACACCUCGGGCAACAACUACACCUGCACCUCGGUGUUAUCCAGGAUCCACAGAUCCACGGUGUCCGCCUCCACCAACAACUACACGCAAACCUUGCUAUCCUGGUUCUCCUGACCCUGCUUGUCCAAGAGCUUUCGUCACGACCCCACCAUCGUCCUGCUAUCCAGGUUCACUUGAUCCCAACUGUCCACAACCCUACAGACCUAGCAGCACUAAUCCUCCAGCUACUUAUUUACCACCACUACCAGCAGGACUACGAUUGGUUCGGCAUUUGAGUGAGGAUACGCUGAACGAAAUCAACGCACUAGCUGAGCAAGCAGAACCGGUACCGGUAGAGGAAAUUUCAAUCGAGGAAGACCAAAACGCGACGUUCGAACGUAGAAAACGUGAUCUGCCCGAAAGUACCAAGGAAAUCAUCUCGAUUACACUCAGCGUUAGAGGAUUUCAGUUUGCGCCACUGAAUUGAUCGAUCCGUCUGAUCUAAUAGACGAAUGUCGUAAUAUCUGAAAAUACUCCGAUAGUAAUUAUUAAGCAGUUGUUCAAAGUGUGUACAAAGAUUUGCCUUUAUUGUGGCAGAGUUGAAGAAGUUUUUUUUUUGAGAUGAAGAGCGCUAAAUUAUCUAGCAGCGGGUAUGAACUCAUUAAGUUACGUUCCCAAAACUGUACAUAUUGUCGAAAAGAAAGUGAGACUUGCGAGUGCUGUUAUUAUGCUUGUUGUAAAUAAAAUCCAUUUUGUCAGAGUCGACUACA